GUUACGUCGUAUUUGUUGUCGUGUCAGGGGCCGAGCCUGGAGCUUGGAGUUGCGGCAGAGGCUGGGGCGGAUAGGCCUGGAGAGCAGAGCGCGGUGGGGGAAAGGUCGCGGAGGUUCGCGUUUCUUCUCCCUUGCGAGGCUAUUCGGAGCCCAGGUUCAGGUUGUGCUGAAGCAGGAAUUGUGCCGGUUGCCGACAGACUAGGAUUCGGCGAAGAUGCCUGUCCGAGGGACCGACAACAGGGCCGAUCUGGGGGCCCCUGGCAGCGUAUGGAGUGCACGGGGCUGAGGGUUGCUGCUGAGUCCGGGAUAAAUAUUUGAAUAACUGAGAAUGGAACAAGAUCCAAAUGAGCAGGUUUCUCCACAGGUCAAUGAGCAGCUGUCAUGUAGUGAUGAUGAUAAUGAUAAAGGAAAUUUGUUGGUGAUUGACAAUUCUACAAUUGAUGAAGCUAUUAAUAGUGGCACUGGAACAGAAGCAAAUACAUUAAGUGAUGCUGGUCAUGAGUCUGAGACUGAUUCAAAAGCCCAAGUGCUGAAAGUGGAUACAAGUACAAAAUAUGAAGAUGGAACUGCUGAGAUAGAAUUAAAGAUGCAAAAAGUUGAACAGGGUAUGAAUAAUGUGACAGACCAUGGUGGAAGUGGAGAACCUUGUGCUUUAAUUGCAUUCAAAACUGAUACAAGAAAAGAACCAGAAAUCAAGCCAGAGGCUGCUGACUGUAUAGAAUUUAAUAGAAUUGCCAAUCAAAACCAUUGUCCUACAUUAGAGACAUCUAAGCAGACAGAUCCUAUUGAUUGGACCAAAGGCAUAUCAUCCCCCUCUAUCAAAUUUGAACCUGAAAGUCCUUUUGAUACAAAAGUAACCAAGGACUUGAUGUCCAGGAUGCAGCAAGAAUCUUCUCACGAUGCAUUGUUGGAUGAGCUAGAAUCAGAAUUCAAUGUAUUUUCAACAGAAUCCUCCGUGAGUUGCAGUUUACCCAAUGGAAUUACAAAGGAAAACAGUGCCGUGAUCAUGUUGAAUGAGUCUAUACAAAGUAAAUUGCUUCAACAAGAAAAGAAAAUAAACAAACUGAUGGAAGAAAACAGAAAACAUCAGGAAAUGAUUGUUGAGAUAUGUACAGAGAAGGACAACUUGAAAGAUGAAUUGAAGAAACAGUCUGAAACAGAAAAACAACAUAUCAACACCAUAAAACAGAUGGAAACCCAAGUUGAAAAUCUUAUGAAGGAAAUAAAAAUGACAAAAGAGCGUUUGACCUCUCAGGAUGCUGCUGCCAAAAACGCCAUUCACCAGUUGCAGCGAAAUGUAACUUUUCGGAUAGAACAAACAAACAAAAAAUGUGAGGAGGCUCGUCAAGAGAAAGAAGCGAUGGUAAUGAAAUAUGUUAGGGGAGAGAAAGAAGCCCUUGACCUUCGAAAAGAGAAGGAGGGGAUUGAAAAAAAAUUAAGGGAUGCAAAUAGAGAACUGGAGAAAUUGACAACGAAAACCAAACAACUCACCCAAGAGAAGGCAAGAUUACAGCAACUCUAUGAGGCAAAGGAAGGAGAAGCUGCAAAGCUCAACAAAGAUGUUGACAAACUAAAAGAAGACAUCAACUCCAACAUCAUCAAAGUGAAAUGGGCUCAGAACAAACUGAAAAGUGAAAUGGAUACACACAAGGAAACCAGAGAAAAAUUGAAGGAAACAACAGUCAAAUUAACUCAGGCUAAAGAAGAGGCUGAACAAAUCCGGAGAAACUGUCAAGACAUCAUCAAAACCUACCAGGAAUCGGAAGAAAUUAGAUCUAAUGAGUUGGAUGCUAAACUGCGUGAAACUAAAGGCGAACUAGAAAAACACUUGCAGGAAAAGUCCGAUGAAAUGGAGAUUCGCCAUGCUAAAAUAAAAGAACUUGAUGACCUGAAAAAAACAUUCAAGGAAGGGAUGGAUGAGUUGCAUACUUUGAGAACAAAGGUAAAAUGUCUUGAGGAUGAGCGUUUGAGGACUGAAGAUGAACUAUCGAAAUAUAAGGAAAUUAUCAACCGACAGAAAGCAGAAUGCCAGUCUUUGCAUGAACAAGUAAAGACGGUAAACUGCUUGCAAGAACAGCUUGAAAGAAAUGAUCAGGAGCUUCAGUCGUCAAAAGAGGAGGUUGACAGCCUGAACGCGCUUGUUACAGAUUUGCAGGAUGAUAUUGAAGGGAGUCGCAAAAAGGAAUCUGAGUUGCUUCUGUUUACAGAGAGGCUGACCAGCAAAAAUGCCCAACUUCAGUCUGAGAACAACACACUGCAGAUGCAGCUUGACAAGCUGAAUAUUUGUGAGCGGGAGCUAAGAGUGCAACUUGAAGAGUUAGGACAUACUAAUGUUGAAUUGAUGAACAGAUUACAGAAAGAACAGGAACUGCGACAGCAGGAUGUGACAGCUCUACAGAAUGAGGUGAUCUCUGAACGGAGAGAAGUGAGUAAAUUGAAUUUACAAGUGGAAGAGCUUAAAGAUGAGCUUGUCACGCAGAAACGAAAGAAGGCGAGUAACAUUAAAGACCUCACUAAACAGCUUCAGCAAGCACGACGACGGUUAGAGCAAAUAGACAAUGGUAGCUAUGACAGCAAAGAGGCAAGCAGCAUGGGAAGUCGUUCAAGUUCAUCAGGUAAAAGAAAAAGUUCUCUUGAUGCUCGGUGCAAUAAAGAAGAGCGAUCUCCGGAGAAUACCGGUUGUACUGUGCAGGCUGACAGUUUCCCUGAAGUGGACAAGACUGUACUGAUAGAACGUAUUGUGCGACUGCAAAAAGCUCAUGCACGUAAGAAUGAAAAAAUUGAGUUCAUGGAGGACCAUAUUAAACAGCUGGUGGAGGAAAUCCGAAAGAAAACAAGAAUCAUUCAGACAUAUGUUCUGAGGGAAGAAUCUGGUGCACUGUCCUCAGAAGCAUCUGAUUUCAAUAAAGCCCAGUUGAGCAGACGUGGAGGAAUCAUGGCUUCACUUUACAAAUCACAUCCAGCAGACAGUGGACUAACAAUGGAGCUCUCAUUGGAAAUCAACAGGAAGUUACAAGCUGUGCUAGAAGACACAUUGUUAAAGAAUAUAACACUUAAGGAAAACUUGCAGACGCUGGGUACAGAAAUAGAACGUCUGAUCAAGUGCCAGCAUGAAUUAGAGCAGCAACUAAAGCAUUGAAUUGGCACCAAUCUCUGUUUAAGCAACUCCAUUGUGAAUUCAGAAGAACAGGUGCUGGACAGGCAGAGAACUCACAUCACUCAUGACUUGGACAAGUAUAUCUUAUCUGCAGUCUGCAAGAAGAUAAUGUUGCUUCCACCAACACGCAGGUUUGAAAUAUUCAGUAUGCUGCAAUGAACUGAUUUUUCUGGAAACUUUACUUUCUGAAACAAAUUUUAAGUUAACACUUCGAAAUUUCCACACAAAUUACUGUGAUCAGCUACAAAAAUAAUGAAAGACGACUGCUGAACCUACACAGCAUUAGUAAUUAGUGGAUAUUGACCAUUCUUCUGUACUCUUUGCUGUUUAAGGGAAAACAAAAAGCAAUGAACAUUGUGCAUUCUUACUUGAGCAUAGUUUUUUUUCUGACGUUUUGGGGUUUGUGAUGCAAUUAUGCAACACGACACCUGAUUUUUUUUUUAGCAGACAGCUCAAGUGAUUUUUAAUUUUAGACUCCAUUUGACUUAAUGGAAACCUAAAUUCCUAAAUUACUGAGGCAGAUAAAGUGCAUAUCCAUCCUACUGUCAGCCAAAUCUUGCUUCAUUACUUUAACACUAAAGGGUCUCAAUGACAUUUCUGCAAUUGAGCGCUCAUUUCCAUUUACAUUGUAAUAUGAAUGUAUUGUUUGGUAAACUGAACUACUGAUGCAAUUAACUGACCAAUAAAUCAAAUCUAAAAAAUAGGUUUGGCUUUUCAAUAAUCGAAUGUCUAUGAAACAAGAUUCCAAUAUGAUAAUAGAAUGUUAUCAAUGGUGGUUAUUGCAGAAUAAUUCAAUUUAUAAAAUAAGAUUUUGAAAGAAAGGUGAUCUUGUUUUAUUAAAAAGGAAACUAAGAUAGUGUCCAGAUUAAUUAUGAAUUGUAUGAUUCAUUUCUCAAAAAUAGUGUGCAUUUAGCAAUCUAUUAACUUCAAAUUUGUCAGUCAUCCAAUCAGUACUCCUGUUUAAUCAGGAAUUUGAUGUUACCAUUGCAUGAGAGUUGACUAUUUUGUAUGAAACCAAACUACUCCCUGCAAAAUAUAAUAGAAAUGCACUUUAAACUUAAAUAAUUACCUUCCAAAUUGCACAGUAUCUGUAAUGGAUCAUAGUGCAUAUAUCUUUCUUAAUUUUUUUUUCACCUGUAUCAGUUUAAAUUUCAUGCAGUCCAUUCACCAUUUGUUGUGAAAGUGAUGUGGUAGUUUAUUUUGAAAAUUAAGUUGUACAAUUAAGUUGUAGAUACAUUUCUGUAUAAAGAGCACAGUUUUUAAAGUGUUAAUCUAUACUAUGUAUAUAUGGAAUACUGGAUUAAUAAAUUACACUGUCUUAUUUUGUUAUGCUAGCUUAUUGGAGGAGUAACUUCUUUCAAAAUGUAUUUCUGCCUAUAUAUCAUUGAUUUCCAAAGAGCAGUGAAUUCCAUUAAACUCACUUGACUCUCUAAA